UGUCAGAUGAGAGCAAAAGAUCUUGCUGGCACGACCCAAUUCCUGACCAGGCGCUGUUACAAGUAGAUUUACAAGAGGAGGGAAUUGAUUACGAACAGUGUAAGCGGCGAUGUGAGACGGAGCAGUAUUUCAACUGCCUCGGGUUCACUCAUCAUUGUCCGUUGGAAAAGAACGAUGGAAAGACCUUAUGUCAGUUGCACAGUGACGACAGAAUCAGUGCCGGCCCGCUUGCUCUCCGCUACUCACAGUGUGCAUCCUAUACCGAACGCCUUCCAUGCAUUGACUUAACUGUUUCUUGCUCCCAGAGACUCAUGUCUAUUACUUUACAUUCGAAAGGAUUUAACGGUCGACUUUUCGCCUUGGGUCACUCUGAUUCGUGUGGUGUUUCUGGCCGAAAUCAGAUUAAGACAAUUUUGCCAAUCCCAUUGACGCAAUCGACCAACAUGUGCGGGGUUAUCAUCGCGUACUCUUCCGGGGAGUACAAUCGGACCGUCGCUAGUGCCAUAGUAGUUGUCCAAAGACAUCCAAUCAUUCAAACUGCAGGUGACAGGGUCGUUAAGGUGUCUUGUGCCAUUCCCGAUGAUACUACACCGUACAACUAUCCGAGGCCCUCCUUCAACAACAUCACGCUGGACACUAGUUUUGGAGUUUCCGAUCCAGGGGGCACUAACGGGCUGUACAGCGAGACAAUCAGCAACAUUAGCAGCACUCCACCAACUUAUCAGUCUCCACCGAUCGCGAGACUCAGAGUUCGAGAUUUAUCUCAAGGAGGCGAAGAUGCGACUGAAACCAUGCUAGGAGAUGAUCUGGAGUUCAGGGUUGAUAUUGAUCCUCCUUACAAUGUAUCAGUGCUGAAAGCCGGUCAUCUGGUGGCGAGCUCUGGGGACGCCCGUGACUCUCUUCUACUCCUCGAUUGGCGGGGGUGCCCCCCCGAACCCCAAACGUUCCCGGCGCUCACCCCUGAAGGACCUAACUCCUUGGUCGCCGUAUUCAAGGCCUUCAGGUUUCCAUCGUCGCCGAUCUUGAGGUUCAGCCUUGUUCUCACACCGUGCGAGAAGAACUGCCAGCCUGUUUACUGCGGUAAUGGUGUAUCCUCUUUGGGUCGGACGAAGCGUGCAACCCUUCAGAUGCAAGAAAUCCCUCUACAGCUCUCGAUCAUUGUUAGACCUCUUGAUAUCAACGAAACAGCGAACACGACGGACACGUCCCGACAGCUUCACUCAGAUGAUACCGAAAUUUGCGCCACUUGGGGCAUGAUGGUUGCUAUUGGGGCUAUUUGGCUCGGCAUUCAAUUUCUACUACUGGCAGUCUGCUGCUGCUGGGCGUCACGAAUCAGGCGAGAGAAAAAGUACAACGACACUGUAAGUCUUCAGCACGACUUUCAACCAAGACACGUCACGUGGGCCGAUCACCUUCAGAGUCGUUAAAUGUUUACCACGACGUCUUCGAUCGUGCAAUUCUGACUCCUAAAACGGAUUUGAUCAAAACAAGAGGAAUGGAAGUCUCUGAAAGCAGAUGUACCUCUUGGUAAUACAAUCAAUGGACUCUAGUCAAAAAUUCCAUCAAUGGACGAAACGUUUUUCACAGGGAAUUCAUAGUGAUUGAGAGGUAACUGUUAUUAAAAAAGCAAGUUACCAUCAGCCAAAAAACCGAAAGAAAUGUAUAAUCAAAACUAUACUUAUUAAAAUUAAUUCAAUUCUUAAUAAUGAUAUUUAUUUACGAUUUUGUACGCUGCCAAAUAAAAUUUUUGCAAAAUUUA